AGAGAGUCACACACACACACAAAGGUGAGACCACCCAAAAAAGAGUGACAAAAAAAAAAGAAGAAAAAAAAUUGCCUUCGUUGCUGAGACGACGAACCGCCGCCUGAUCUUCAUCAUCUCCUCCUUCCCCCCCCCCCCGUCUGUAAUCCCCCGCUUCCCUGAAUCCCGUUCUGUCAAUCGUCUGUCUUUCGAUCUGUUUUCUGGGGUUUGUUUGAUAGUUUUUCUUGUCGGAGAAAAAUAGGAAGCAAACAACGGAAGAUUUAGAUUUCUUCUGAAAGCCAGGUGGUUCAGAAUUGAGAUCCAGCCUCUGUUUUUUAUUUUGGUUUUCUGUUUGAUAGAGGGGCCAUUUUUGAUGCCCUCUUUGGUUUGAUUUUCCUUGGAAGAUCGGUUUUUUCCUCUUUUGUACAUUUAAGGGGUCUUUAUAUCAUACCCUUUUGGAUCUACUGCCUGUUCCUUUGAUUUUCAUAAGCAACAGGUGAUUUUAAGGUUUUCAAAGUUUAGAUCUUUUGUCUGUUGUCUGUCUGAUAGAAGGUCUGUUCUUGGAGCUUUCGAAGAACAUCCAUGGCGGCAGCUGUCUUGUCAGAUCCCUUCGGUGAAGAACUCAUGCGAGCACUCCAACCUUUUAUGAAGAGUGCUUCGGAGUCUCCCUCUUCCUCCUCCUCCUCUUCUUCUCCCCCAUCUCCUUCUUCAUCUCCUCCUCAGUUUCUACCUUCUUGUUCUCCCUUUGCUUACCCUUCUUUUGUUUACCAGAACUACCCUUCCUGCUCUUCUUACUCCCCGAUGAUCCCCUCCCAGCCCGAUCUCUUGUCCGAUCUCGAAUGCUUGGGAUCGAACUCGAUCGGGUUGAACAACCUCACCCCUGCUCAGAUCUUACAGAUCCAGUCUCAGUUGAAUCAGAUCCAAUUCCAGCAGCCCACCUUCCCUGCUUCUCACCGGAGCCACCACCCUGUCAACUUCCUCGGCCCGAGGGCUGUUCCGAUGAAACAUUCCGGAACUCCCCCGAAGCCGAACAAGCUGUACAGGGGAGUGAGGCAGCGGCACUGGGGCAAGUGGGUGGCCGAGAUUAGACUCCCCAAGAACCGGACCCGCCUCUGGCUCGGCACCUUCGACACCGCCGAGGAGGCGGCUCUGGCCUACGACAAGGCCGCCUACAAGCUCCGCGGAGAUUUCGCCCGGCUCAAUUUCCCUCACCUCAAGCACCAGGACUCCCAGCUCGGCGACUACAACCCCCUGCACUCCUCUGUGGAUGCGAAGCUCAACGCGAUCUGCCAGAACUUGGCCGCGAGCCCGCAAAAACCGGGGAGAGCCAGGGGGCACUGCGGCGAGCCUAAGAGUAAGGCUCCUGUUCCGGUCAUACCGAAGGAGGAAGUCGGGUUUGAAGCCAGUCCUGAGCUUUCGAGGAAUUCAGUGGUGGAGAACGAGAACGAGAACUCGAGCUCCUCGCCGGCCUCGUCGGACGAGGGCUCGAGAGACGGGUCGUCUUCGCCUGAAUCGAUCAUAAGCUUCUUGGAUUUCCCGGAGUCUGGGUGGGAGGAGAAUGAUCCGUUUGGGCUGGAGAAGUUUCCUUCCGUGGAGAUUGAUUGGGAAGCCAUCUGAGUUUCGACAUGGAGCUUUGUUUAUUGCUUAUGUUUUCUGCGUCAUUUUAGACUGUGUCACUACUCUAGGGAAGUCAUGUCCAUUAGCUGUUAUGUAAGCUUUUUAGCUUUUUUGGUGUCUAGGGGGGGCUUCUGCAAUGGAAUUUUUGAUCGUUGCAGAGAGUCCUGUUAGGGUUACACGUAGAAGAAGAAGAAGAAGAAGAAGAUGAAUCUUGUUAAGGGAAUUGCUCCAUUGUUGGUGGGCUGGUAAAUUUUAACUCCAGCUCGGCCAUGGGAGAAUUUCUCGUUCAUCUUUGUGUUAGGUUUGUAUGUAAUUAUAUUUACCUUGUUAAUUAUUUCCCAGUAAUAUAUGUCAGCUCCAUGCAUCAGUCGGUCCA